AUGGGGCCGCGCCGGGCGCUGCUCCUGGAGCCCAUCCCGGCGCUGAUCCCGGUGUUGAUCCCCGCGCUGAUCGGCGUCACGGCCGGGCGGGAAUACUCAUUGCCUUACACACCACAGCUUGCACAAUGCAACAAUCCCAGCACUGAAUUCUAUGAUGAAGAACUUAAUAAAUGCUGCAGCCAGUGCCCUCCAGGUCAGUAUAGGACAGGGAGCUGCAGUCACACCGUGGACACCAAGUGCAGCCCCUGCAGACCCAAAACGUACACAGCCAUCUGGAAUCAUUCUCCACAGUGCUUUGCCUGCUCACCACCCUGCAGGAAAGGGCUUGUACAGAAUCAAACGUGCACUAGGUCCCAGGACAGAAUCUGUAGCUGCCCACCCCACAAGUACUGUGUUUCCAAGCUGGACGAGUACUGUGAAGUGUGUAGAACACACAAAAAAUGCGGCAAAGGUUACCGGGUUUCCAGAAGAGGGACAGACAGCACAGACACAGAAUGUGAACCUUGUCCUCCUGGCACGUUUUCCCCUGAGGAAUCCUACAACACCAGCUGCAUACCCCAUACCAUUUGUAAAUCAGUGGCCAUCCCUGGGAACAGCAGGAAUGACACUGUUUGCAGUGACUCAGGAACAGCCACAGUUCUGCCUCACACCAUUUUGAACCCACUUGUGACCCAAAGCCCAGCCUCCCACAAACCUGAAAUAAUAACUCAACCUGUCAUGUUAAACUCUGUACCUGACCUAUCCCACAUCACUGGAGCAGUAGCCGGGCCAUUGUUAUUGGUCCUGAUAAUUGCUAUUUUGGGGUAUUGCUUAGUCUCAAAAAAAAAAGCCCCUGUGUGCUCUGCAGCAGCUACAGAAGCAGACUUGCCUUUUUCCCCUCCAGAAAAACUGUGUGACAAAAAAGUCAGAGAUACAGAAUUGCAGAACUCCAGGAGCUCAGAACAGGAACAACAGCAUCUCUUGGAAACUUCUGGGUCCACCAGUAGUAUCCUGAAUCCAACUGGAUCUGCAACCAUCAGUGUAAUAAGUAAAAAGAAUUAUGACAAUAACAACUCAGGAGGAUUUCAGCAGCAACAUUCACCUCCUGAAGGUUGUAAAUUCCAGAGUGGAGACAGACACAGCUCUGCAAGUUCAGAACAUUCCGGCAGUGGAGGAACGCAGGUGAAUGUGACGUGCAUUGUUAAAUUUUGUAGACCAGACUGCAGCUCCCAGUGCCCCGAGCAGCUCAGUUCACCUAGCAGGGAUUGUGGGCACACUCCCAGCUGUUCCCCAGCAGGGGAAGAAACCCUCCUUUCAAAAGAAGAAAAUGCCUUGAACAAAGAAACUGAAAUUCACAUUGCAGUGCAAAAUGAGGGCAAUUUACUUCAAGACUUACUUCCAGAAGAAAAGAAGGUUCCUCUGGGUAUUCAAGAUGCUGGGAUGAAAACCAGUUAAAGGAAAUUACAAAUCAUACGAUGAUUGACUGAUAUCAAACAGCCUCGUGUCCUAUAAAACAAACAUUAUGGUAAAUGUAGCUUUCUUACAGAGAUUUGAAAUUUCACAUUAAUAUAGACACUGAUGCUUUCAAGGUUUUUAGUGUCUUCUGUCGCUUUGCAGUUUAAAAGAAAAAGCAUCGAGACUUUUAGAAAUUGAAUGGCCAACUCCUCCCUUUCUUCUGUGAUACCCUAACAGGACCUUUAUCAGACUUGAAAAGGAGUAUUUUUCAAACUUUAUGCCGUGAAGUUUUCUCCUGGGACUUCUUGUGCUGAUGACUUUUAUUCAAGGUCUGCCACGUGUGAAGAACAUGGCUGUGACCAGCACUUCUAAGGGACUGGAGUUAAAUUAUCAUUCUUUCAAUGCUCAGGAAUCAUCCAUUUGAUUUGAAUUUUAAAGCUAUUGCAUUUAGUUUCCUAUCCCUUAUCGCAGUUGUCAUACUUUCCCUCAUCUUCCUGGAUAUUUCUUUUAUUAUUACAGUUUGUUUUUUUCUCAUUAUCAGACCAAAUUUCUUAAGUACAUAUAGGAUAUCAGGAAGUGAAAUCUUUUACACAAGCUUUUUUUUACAACUAAAAUUACAACUGUUACAUCUAAACAACAGCAUUUCAUUGCCUGUACAUAGUUCAUUUUGUUUUAGAAGGGAAAACCUAGAUUGAACUGCUGUUACCUUGGAGUAGGAAGUUCCUUUUGUUGACAACCUUACAGUUCGUCACCUUUGUGUCCUGGCUGAGGUAACAUGUUUCCCCAAUUGAUCCUGACCUCAUUUUUGAGGUAAACCAUAAAUCCUAAAUAUUUUCCCUGUGUUCGGUGACUAUUAGAGCAGAUCCCUGUGAUUAUCUUUGCCAGAUAGCUCAUUGCCCUCAGGUGGCACAGCAUCAUCUGUAAUAAAUGGAAUUUCCUCAAACCUCAGAACCUGAAAAUCCUGUUCUCCUUCGCUGCUUGAUGAUGCUGGAGCUCCAACCACCUCUUACAGAAAAUUAGUGGAGGUUCUCCUUGAAUGAAGUGGAGUGGAAGCCAAUAUUUAGGAACCCACUUCCCAUAAUUAUAUUUUACAUCUGUGACUUAACUGUCAAUUGUGGUGGCUGUGUUCAACCAGAAUCUGCAAUCCAGAGUCUGAAUCCCAUAGGAGUGAAGUCAUACAGUGACACAUAACCCUUGUCUUAUGCCAUAAAAACACGCUUGGACUAUGUGAUCCCUGAACGAUCCUAAUCUAUCUUAAGACAGACACAGUGCUUAUUUCUGAGGCCUGAGAUGUAAAAGGAUCUUUUGGAAUAACAUUGCUACAAAGGAGUACUCAAAUACAAAUUUUAAACUAAACUAAACUAAAAAUACAAAUUUUAAACUUCCACAAAAGCUAUGGUAUUAUAUAAGAUGGAAUUAUUUCUGGGACUGACGAACAGGUCUGUAGUUCUAUUAUGAAGAAGCUUUUUGCAAAUCUGUAUUAAACUUCACUUGAAGGUAUUUUUCAGGAAAUACUUUGAAAAUGGGCACUUUGAAACUACUCCAGAACUGAAGGAUUUAGGCAAGAACCUAAUUUUUCACAGCUCUUUGAACCUCUUGCUCUGGGAUAUUUCUGUCAGCCAAUUUUUUCUCUGCCAGCUCCCACUAUUGGGGCCAUAUUGAAGCAGCAAAGGAAGAUUUUUGAAGACCUUUAAAAAUAUUAAAAAGGAGGAUCCUGUUACAGUAGUUAAUUUACUGAGUUUUCAUAUUAAGGAGCUGCCAGAGAGAAAAUCCAAGUUUUAUGUUGAAGUUGGAAAAAUGAGCUUGUAUUUGCAUAUUAAAAAAAAACAACCAAAGAAACCAAAACCAAACAACAAAAAACAGGCCCCAAAAGAAAAACAUACAUUUUCAUAAAUUCAUGUAUUCUCAAGUUUCCUGACCGCUUUAUUAAACAAAAUUCGGAUUUCCA